AUGGCUCCAAGGAAUCUUUCACAGGUGACAGAAUUCAUUCUCAUGGGCAUUUCAGACCUUCCAGAGCUCCAGAUUCCACUCUUCCUUGUUUUCCUGGUCAUCUAUGGGCUGACCGUGGCAGGCAACCUGGGCAUCAUCACCCUCACCAGCAUCGACUCUCGACUUCAGAGCCCCAUGUACUUUUUCCUCCGGCACUUGGCUAUCACCAAUCUUGGCAACUCUACUGUCAUUGCCUCUAAAAUGCUGGCUAACUUCUUGGUUUCCAAGAAAACCAUAUCCUACUAUGCAUGUGCAGUGCAACUGAGUGGAUUCGUACUUUUUAUUGUGGCUGAGAUUUUCAUGCUUGCUGCAAUGGCCUAUGACCGCUACGUGGCCGUGUGCAACCCCCUGCUCUACAUGGUGGCGGUGUCUCCAAAGAUCUGCCUUCAGCUCGUGUCCCUUAUACAUUUGUACUGCCUGACCACAGCACUGACUAUCUCUUCCUGUGUGUUCUCUGUGUCCUAUUGCUCUUCCAAUGUAAUCAACCAUUUUUACUGUGACAACGUCCCUUUAUUAGCAUUGUCGUGUUCUGACACCUAUGUUCCAGAAACUGCUGCGUUUACCUUUUCGGGAAUCAACUUGUUUUUCUCUAUGAUUAUUGUUCUGAUAUCCUAUUUUAACAUCAUCCUUGCCAUCUUGAGGAUCCGUUCCUCUGAGGGGAGACAAAACGCCUUUUCCACCUGUGCUUCUCACAUGAUGGCUGUCGCUGUGUUCUACGGGACACUUCUCUUCAUGUAUUUGCAGCCAAGGACCAACCACUCAUUAGAUACUGAUAAAAUGGCCUCGGUCUUCUAUACCCUUGUAAUACCAAUGCUGAAUCCUCUCAUUUACAACCUAAGAAACAAGGAUGCGAAGGAUGCAUUGAAGAGGUUCCUGCAUAACCCAUUUCAAUCAUUCAACUAA